AACAAAGAAACCGACUGUAAAUUAGAUUAAAGAAAAAAUAAUUUGAGGCUUUAAUUUUAAAAUGUAAUUUAAAGAAAAAUCAGCAACAAGUAAAGGGGAGCUAGUGAGCUACAGGCACGGUGCAACAGCAUUCACCUUCAUCAUCUCCUCCACACACACACACACACACACACACACACACAAGGAUGGCUGAGGAGGAGACAGGGGAGUCGCAUCCAGAGGUUCACAGAGGAGAGAAGAUGCUCUCCGCGGCGGAUCAAAAAUGUAUGCAAUAAUGAUCUGACGACAUCACACCCACCACCGGAGAGACACCUCGCCUGUAUUAGCGGUUCCCCGGUCCCCGGUCACCCCCACCCUUCGUUUUCGUAGCAGGAAUGACCUCGCCGGUGCUGCUGCGUGCGUCUCGGUCCACAUCGGGAGCAGCGCGCAGUCUGUGUGCCAACUCAGAAGUGAUGCCAUCUCAGUCACCUAAGAGAUCUGUCCCCUCGUCUCCUCGUGGUGUGUUCCUCAGCAGGUCGGAUCGCGUUGCUUUUUGUGUUUCCAUGGCCACCGAUUGAACAGCUGUCAUGACUUGUGCCCUCAGCGCCGCGAAGCCGCGAAGGCAGGAUGAAGACCCCUCGUUUGGUGUUUAUGCGUCCUUUCAACCUCUCAGCAAUUACGCGCGGUAAUUAGACAUGGGAAUCUCGGCGAAAAUCUACUGAUUGGACAAUGGAAAGACCUGCAGUGCAUCGACAUACAGGACAAAGAUGUUACCUGGCUGUGAAUUUGUUUAAACAUUGCCAUGGGGAAGAGUCUGGACUGAAACACGGAGAGAUUUGAUAACACAGUGGAAGAGAGAGAGCUCGGGAGGAGAAGACAUGGUCAUCACUGAUAGAAACACUGGCACCCCUGUACCUAAAAAGGAGCCCCAGAAGAAGACGAGGAGGACGUCUCGCCCUCAUGGCCUACCUUCUCCGGCGCUCUGCUGUGCCUGCGGCCUGUGCAUCAUGCUGGCUGGACUCAACAUCACCCUCGUGGGAGCGUUCGCCUUCAGCACGCUGGUGCCUUCUGCCAAUCCCCCGAUCAUCAUCGGACCGAUCCUUCUGCUGGUGGCCUUCUCCUUUUUCGGGGCCUGUUGCGUGUGCAGCCGCCUCCCCCCUCCCCACAGCUCACGGAGGUCCAAGGUGGGCGGCAGGGGCGCGGGGCUGAUGGGACACGGCGGGCUGGCUGGUGGGGCAGCGUUUGAAAUAGAGGUCAGCGAGCACACGCUGCAGGAUACCACAGCUGUGCAGCUCAGCCCCACGUCAUCCCCGGGUUCGUCCCGGGCAUCCAGCCCAGAAAAGGAGGCUCCCGACAUGGCCCUACCAGGACCCUGCAAGCUCUUCACCAUGGAGACCAAUGGCCCCCCUUCUGGUUCCGCCACCGCAGUCUACUCAGCCUCCACGGCAGCAGGAGGGGAGGUGAGGCUCAACCUGCCGCGUGAAGAAGUGGUCGCCUAUAGCAGAGCAGAAACUCUUCCAAGGCCGGAGCUGCCAGUGUAAAUAUCCUUCUGGGCCGAGGGCUUGCUGGAUGUGAUCGUGUCCUCUAGUUUACGUUGUGCCAUAUUUCUGGUUGUGUACAGAAUGCUUUUGAUUUUCUUGCUGUGCAGCGAACUGGUAAUUAGCAUGCAAAGUUAAUGAAACAUCCAAGUGUUUGUGGAUCAUAAGAUUUUAAGACCGCUCUUGUGCUGUUCGUUUGUUUUCCCCUACAUGGUAUUUGUUUUUUAACAUGGGCCAUUAUGAACAGUCUAUCAACAACUUUUAUCUUUCACUGCUACGCACCCAUCAGCAGUGAUUUCAGAGGGCUGGAAUGAAAAAUAUUGAUUGUUCUGAACACGUUGGGAUUAGAUGUGAAAGGUCAACAGUGAACUGUGCCGGUACGUCUGUUGUGACAUUUGACAUUUUGUGUGCCAUUCUCAGUGCUGAACUUGUUUUGGGGGCAUAAGAUAUUUUAAGUCACAGAAGUCCCAAAGCAAUAUUCUCUCACCUGAGAAUAAAUGAUCUGCAGUUAUAGUUCUUUUCACAAGUAAGAAUACACACUUCUUGUCUACAGCCAAUACCUUUGUAAUGAAUAACGGUCCAUAUUGAACAGCUUGUUACAGUAUAUUUACAUGUACAGUGUAUGAUGUCGGAUCGUGGAAACAUCAACAUUUUUGUCAUCGCGCCAACAUCAACACAUCACCACUUUCUUUUCUGAUUUCACAUUCAGUUUUCAUUGAAGGUGAUCACAACUCACAGUUUUAAGGGCACGUUCAUCAUGGCAUUUACAGUCAUUCAUAAACGGUGCAAUGCAGUUAAGGUCGCGUUCCAAGCGGAGUAGGGCCAUACCUCACCGUGAAGCACACCAAUGUGUCAUAACGACGAUUUUGUCAUCACGAAUUUCAAUUCACGGUGGGACUCCACGCAGGAACAGUUUACAAAUGUGAACAUGUGAAUGUCACAGUACUGAAUUCUUAUUCUUAACGUCUGAUGUGAUAAACUUAGAACUUAACCGCCAAUGAACUUUGUAUGCACGACAGAGGCAAGCCAAGAAGUCUGACAUAGUUUAGAUAUUCAGAUUGCAUAAAAAGAACUAAUUCCCCAUCACUGUGAUGUCUUCUUGUCAGUUAGGAACUCGACUGGUCAAAAGAGACAUUCCCUGAUUUCCUUUGAAAGGAAAAGUUGCCUUAGACUGAACUAUCAGGAUCAAACCAAUGAGGGCUAUAACAAAAGUGCACGAUAGCAUUUCUCUUCAGAAAGCUCUGGGUUUUUAUUCCAUAUUAUUAGAAAAGACUCGACACGUUUUUUUAGUUUUUUUGUGGGUAUUGCAAAUGCAUGCAAACGGCUUAAAUGUUCCAUCCCCGCAUAAAUGUAUGUGGAGCAGCAGAAGAGUGGACACGUGCAUACGGACACAGUUCAGUGAACCGAGCAUUCCCUUAAACAGCGUGAACCUCCAUGCUUUGUGACAGGGAAACCGGUCCUCAAGGACCGGUUUCCCUGUCAAAGCCGCCUGACGUGCUGAGCUUACUUUUGCAUGUUCGGAGAACUGCCUCAUGGAAAUGCACAACACCCCGUUGUGAACUAUCGGUGUUAUCUGUGUAAUUUGUGUAGCACUUCGACAAAAAUCUGGGAAAAUGUACGGAUAGAAUAUUUUUGUGAAGAUUAUAAUUUGUUUAUUUUCAAAAGUGACGAUCCAAAUGUGAAUCCUUCAAAAGAUAUAAAUAAAAAAAAGGCUCUUUCAUUAGAACAUGAGGUUGCUCAUUAUGUAUGCAUGGCACAACACCGUGUUCCUGCUACACUGCGUUUUGGUGUCAUCAUGAAGUGAAAUGAAUAAAAAUGUCAAACUGGAUUGGUUAUAUGUUUAAAUUUCAAACAAGUUCAGUGUAGUCUUGUAGGAUAGCAGCCUUUCCUUUGGGGCAUGAUUGUCUUUACAAGCAUUAUUUAUUCCAAGAGGUAAUCUGUAAAGAUUCUAUAACAGUAGUUAUGGGAAAAAUCAGAAACGAUCCCCCAGAAGUGUCAGAAAGAAGGUCCUUCCAUGCCAAACCAUCCUCUUGUUCACCGGAAACAAGGCUCCUUCCAGUGUCACAUCUAGAGAUGCAACUAACGAUUAUCAACUGAUCAGCUUGUUGUUUCAGCCCCUGUGGCAUCGCCCUCUGCAGAGAAACAUCUCAGUCCGGCUCGUUGAAAACUUGUUCUGAAGACGCGAACAGGAAAAGCUCCUCAUCCUUUAACACAUCACAUCAAGAUGCCCUUGAGAAAGAACUCAAUAUGAGCUCCAUCUGGCUCCUCUACAAGCGUGUAAGUGUGUUUAAAGCUUUUAUCACUGGAGGGCGCCAGGGCCACGUCUAUGAGUUUCAGCUCAAAGUUACAUAAAAUGCGGCUGUCGUUUCUUCAUCGAGGCAGUAGGUGUCAGUAGAUCAUAACAAACCUCUGUUGGCUGUGUACAGUAGUAGAUUGUGUCAAAGUGAAUUUGCGGACAUUGUCAACAACAUAUUGAAUAUUGGUAGGCACAAUCAUGGCAUGUUGAUUGCUGUGUUCGCAAAGCAUUGUGUUGAGAAGUUUGCCAAAAGUGUCAGUGCUUGGGGAAGAUUUCUUCUCGCUGUGUGAGAGUCGGGUGUGAUUUGCAAUCUCACAGCUGAAGGCACUGAUGACACCAAUGUGAUUUUUAAAAAUGCAACGAUGCUGAUGAAGCUCCCCUUUCUGCUCAUGGAGAUGAUGACGGCACAGAUCUGGCGUGGCCUACUUUCUGCAGUGGCCUAACAGACGACAAAACAGAAUCCGGAUCUUUCCCUUUGAUGUCAGAAAAGGCUCCAAAAAAACUACUGAUUUCAAUCUCACAGUUGAGUUUGUGAUAAAUGUUGGAACAGUGUGAGUAACACGCAGUGUGAUUCUUGAUUGACAGUAAAGAUUAAAGGCUGUAGGGAUUUAGAC